ACUCGAACACAACAAACGAACAUCGACCGGUCGAGUGGAACAUUGCUGCUUCAAUCUGUCUCGGAAACACCAGAAGUAUUGUCGGUUUUUUUUCCGUGAACGCCGGUCGCAGACGUUGCCUUUGGAGCGAGAAUCCGAGAAUCCGUGAAUCGAGUGUUUGUGCUGUUCCCCCGCCGCUGAAAUCCAAAUCCAGCUGCAGCUGCAAUCGAGCCGCAGAUCGUGCGCGUGUUUUCCGUGUUUCCCGCAGGCUGUAUAAAUUUUUUUUUUUGGUUAUUUGCCAGUGAGCGUGUUUCUUUUUUUUCUGUGCCCGUGCCCUCACUACCACCCCCUUUUAGAUCGAAAAUAAUCACUCGAAACCAAGUCCGUUUGACACGCUCAAAGUCAGCGAAAACCACUCGGCGCGCUGAGUGGAGUUAAUUGGGGUGUCGUUGAGAACGAACCGAGUGGAUCGACGCAGCGAAGAGCUACACACAGGCAUCGGCACGUACUCACCGAUGGGCUAAUCACAGGGCCAACCGUCAACGGCUGAGCUGCAACAGAAAUCAUAUCAGAUGACGUCCCCGCAGUGACCCAUAAGCCGCCCGAGGAACCGAGACUGUACCCAAGAGCUGCACCCACGGCUGCCAUUCAAUUCGUGACUCGAAUGGAAGCGCGGACCCAUAAACUUGCUCUGCUCUGCGAUCUGGAGCCAUCUGCUCUUGCAGGUCGCCUUUGUCAGCGGACCCAUGAGGUCCAGUGAGGUGGCUGUAGUCCAAUACCAAGUCAGCGAAAACACGAGCCGCAAGGACAGCUUCAGGGAGAGUAGCAAGAAAGCAUAAGGACCUUGAAUACAAUCGAAAUUGGUGGAAGUGGCAGCUGCAGGACUCCAGGACAACAACCAUUAAUUAGUCGCAGCCUUGUCUGUCGCACACCCACAGCCACACAGCUUCGGAGGCGAAGGACGAGAAGCAGAAAAGCAGGCAAAUCCGGACCACAAUACAAGCGCGUCAAAAGGAUUAGCCGGCAAAAGGACGAUAAACAGGAGUGGGAGAUUGGGAGAUUGGGCGAGUGGGCGGGUGGAAAGUGAGCUUAAAAGUUCGCGAAACACUGACACCCAAAGCGAAGCGACCCCAAACAGUGGGGCCAGGACCCACAGAGGACCCGCCAGGAACGGGGAUUAUCGAGGUCCGCUCAAGUCCGCCACUUGGCACAUGUUCAGCGGCCUGCCGCCGUGAACUGGCCCCAGCACUAAUGACAGUCGGACAGCGGCAGAGCCCAGGACCGAGCAGGAUGGAGGCCAGAGCGAGGGUGGUGCUCCUGGUGCUGCUGGUGCUGCUGGCCCUGGCACAGGAGGCACUGGGACACGCGGACUGGAUGCAGAGCUGCGGCAACUGCCACUGCCACUGGAACUCGGGCAAGAAGAGCGCCGACUGCAAGAACAAGUCGCUGGCGAAGAUACCGCAGGACAUGAGCAACGAGAUGCAGGUGGUGGACUUCGCCCACAACCAGAUACCCGAGCUGCGACGCGAGGAGUUCCUGAUGGCGGGGCUGCCGAAUCUGCACAAGGUCUACCUGCGCAACUGCACCAUCCAGGAGGUGCACCGGGAGGCGUUCAAGGGCCUCAACAUACUGAUCGAGCUGGACAUUUCGAGCAACCGCAUCCGGGAGCUGCAUCCGGGCACCUUUGCCGGCCUGGAGAAGCUGCGCAACGUGAUCAUCAACAACAACGAGAUCGAGGUGAUGCGAAACCACCUGUUCGUCAACCUGAGCUACCUGUCGCGCAUCGAGUUCCGGAACAACCGCCUGAAGCAGGUGCAGCUGAACGUCUUCGUGGGCGCCCUGCCCAUCAGCGCCAUCUCGCUGGAGCAGAACCAGCUGACGCACCUGCACAUGGAGACGUUCAAGGACCUGCAGAAGCUCAUGCACCUGUCGCUGCAGGGCAACGUGUGGAACUGCAGCUGCGAGCUGCAGGCCUUCCGCGACUACGUGAUCUCGAAGCGGCUGUACACCCCGCCCACCGCCUGCCAGGAGCCGGCCCAGCUGCGCGGCAAGCUGUGGAGCGAGGUGCCCUCGGAGAACUUCGCCUGCAGGCCCCGCAUCCUCGGCACGAUCCGGUCCUUCUUCGAGGCCAACCAGGACAACAUAACGCUGCCCUGUCGCAUUGUGGGCACGCCGCACCCGAACGUCACCUGGGUGUACAACAAGCGACCCCUCAACCUCAACGACCACCGCAUCCAAGUGCUCAACUCGCUGGAGCAGCUGCCCCUGCAGCAGCCCUCCCAGGUCAUGACCUCCGAGCUGCGCAUCUUCGGCGUGCGGGCCUCCGACAAGGGCUCCUACAUCUGUGUGGCCGACAACCGGGGCGGCAGGGCGGAGGCCGAGUUCCAGCUGCUGGUCGACGGCGACUAUGUGGGUGCGGCCUCCGCCUCCGACGGCCUGGGCGGGCUGGGCAUGAGCGGGGCCAUCGGCGCCUCCACCAGCGAUCCGCAGACGAAUGUCUUUCUGAUCAUGUGCCUGAUCACCACCGCUCUGCUCUUGCUUCUUAUUGUCGUUGUGCUGACGCUGUUCUGGUACUGUCGACGCAUUAGGACCUACCAGAAGGACACCACCAUGAUGAGCGGCGAUGGCCUGAUAUCCACGAAGCUGGACAAGACCCACAACGGCUCCAUGCUGGAGGGCUCCGUCAUCAUGGAAAUGCAGAAGAGCCUCCUCAACGAGGUCAAUCCCGUGGAGAAGCCGCCCAGGCGAACGGACAUCGAGAGCGUUGACGGCGGCGACGAUGGACACGAGAUCAAGAAGACCCUUCUCGACGAAACAGUUUACGUGGCGAAUCGGUCGCGUGACGAUGAGACGCAUUCAGUGGCAUUGUCGGACACGACGGCCACGCCCCGCUCCAGGCACACCUACGUGGACGACGCGUAUGGCAAUAGUUUGCCGCCGGAUCUGCUCGCCUUCCCGGCCCGCGUGCCACCCACCUCGCCCUCGAUGCAGUCGUCCCAGUCCAACAUACCGGACCAAGUCCUUUACGGCAUACGCUCGCCGCCGCUGACCAGCCCCGUGUACGCGCACAUGACGCCCCACGGGAUCUACGGAACCACCACCACGGCGGGCACCCACAACGGCUUCAUGACGCUGCAGCACCCCAAGUCCCGGAACCUGGCGCUAAUCGCCACGGCCAACAGCUCGCGGCAGCAGCAGCAGCAGCAAAUGGCCGCCGCCCUGCACCACCAGCACGCAGCUGCCUCUCCGUUCCUUCCGGCCCCCGUGGUGUACUCGCCGACCACGGCCGUGGUGAUGAAGCAGGGCUACAUGACCAUACCGCGCAAGCCGCGUGUGCCCAGCUGGGCUCCGAGCACGUCGGGGGCAUCGUCCCACCCGGGCACCCAGCUCAGCGAGUUCCAGUCGCCCACGUCGCCCAAUCCGAGCGAGACGGGAACGGCCACCACCGCGGAGCUGCAGGCGGAGCCCGUCUACGACAACCUGGGGCUGCGCACCACGGCCGGCGGCAACUCCACGCUGAAUCUGCACAAGGCACUCGGGGCCCAGGGCGCCCAGCAGCAGUACUCGAUGCGCGAUCGUCCCCUGCCCGCCACGCCCAGCCUCACGUCGGUGGCCUCGGCGGCGAAUGUCAGCAAGAUCUACGAGCCCAUCCACGAGCUGAUCCAGCAGCAGCAGCAGCAACAGCAGCAACAGCAGCAACAUAUGCAACAGCAACAGCACCUUUAUCCCUCAGAAACAGAGUCUCUGUAUGGGGGCAAGCACCAUGGGAUUACCAUACUGCCGGGGGCCAGCAUCAGUGGGGCCGGCCUGGGGUACGCCGGACCCCUGUCGCCCUCGGUGGCGACAUCAGGGUCACCCACACACGCCAGCAUCGGCAGCAUGGGCAGCAUGGGCAGCUCGGGCUCGCCGAAGAUUGCAAAGAUACCACCAAGACCACCACCGAAGCCCAAGAAGAAGAUGUCCGUGACGACGACGCGCAGCGGGCAGGGCAGCACAAGUCAGCUGUUCGACGACGAGGGCGAGGACGGCACAGAGGUUUAAUUUGGCACCCCCACCCAGCUCCAGCCCCAGCCCCAGAACCGAAUCGAAGCCCGAAGCGACGCAGCAGCUGCUGGUCCUGCCUCUCGAACAGCCAACAUGGCUGCCACAUGCCUCCUCUGGAUGGCUCCGACGUGUGUGCCAAACGACUGAUGUAAAAUUUAGUAAUUAAACCGAUAAGCAUACGACUAUGCACGACUAUACAGAAGCAAACAGAUGACUGCAGCUCAGCGACACAGGCAGCCGAGAAAAACCAGAACAUCAAAUGUGUAUAUUUAAAGCAAAAACGGAGGAAAGUAAGAAAGAACGAACGAAAGAACGAAACCAGAUGGAAACCUAGUACCCAAGUUGAAACAUUUUAGCAUUAUCUAAUCCCAAAUACAUAUUAGCGGAGAUAUGUAAGAACCCAAUUUACUUGCUGCAAACAUACAUACACACAUAUACAAGUAUAUAAUAAUAUAAAACAAAAAACAAAAUUUGAAAAAGAAAACUCUUAGCUCGAAGAAAAAACCGGCAUCGAGACACAAUUACAUUCUUGUUAUAAUUAAAAAAAAAAAGAAAACAAAAAGAAAAAACCCUUACAGAAUUGUAUAAUAGUAAUGCAUACAGAUUUAAAUAGUAACUAUUUAUAUAUAUAUAUAUAAUUAAUAUACACCUAAGACGUACACACUGUAUACAUAGGUAUGUAUAUGCAGAAGGUUUUUUUUUAAUGGAUUCCCUGUAGGGGAUUGGGAAGUAUGUAUUGUAAGGCGUUUGCACUCGCAACUAAGACAGAGAGGACGAUGUAAUUGAAACUUAAAUAUAUACAUACAUACAUAUGUACUUGCACUAGCUAUUCGAAUACAUACAUACAUACAUAGUAUAUUAAACCGAUCUGCAUGUAUUUCAAUAAGUACAUGAAUUUCUAGGCAGAAUAUUUAUACAUACGAUACAAUACCAUACGAUAUAGCCGAACCCUAAAUGUUUCGAAACCAAAUCGCAAAAACACACACAUACUUAAUAUAAACGAUAUACUCGUAAACAAGAAGAAAGAAGCAUAAGAAUAACAAUAGAAUACCGUUUAGUCAACUCUUAAUAGGUCUUUGAAUUGCAAAUCAAUACGAAACAAAACAAAAAUUAAAGAUCAGCUGUUACAGCUAUGUAUGUGGCCUGCGAGUAGAACAGGCACGACUGCAGUUCCUGAGUGCCCCUCCUUGGUUAUGUUUUUCAAUUCAGUCGUCGCGAGUCACCCUGCUAUUGUGAUAGCCAUCGGUCGAUGUGGCUGCGGUUACACCUGAAAGCACUUUGAACGAGCUUAAUACACGCUUCCCAUGCUUUCUCUUCAACUUUAUUUUACCUUCAUACACGCACCCGCCUGUGUACGUGUACUAAGUAUUUAUGAUAUGUUUACCAAUUUUUUUUUGUCUCUCAAUUAGCAAUUACACUUUCAAUUGAUUCAUGGAACGAAACAGCAGUUAUAUGUGUGUGUAUUUUUAUGAAUAACUGCCAAGCUAAACCAUUUCAUGUAGUGGAUUUUGAAUCAAAAAAUACAAAAAACAAAACAAACAAAUGGAUAAAGUUGAUGUGGGUGUUUCAAAUAUAGAAAUCACAGCCAUAGAAAACUGAUAGGAUAUAGGAGACGUUACGCCCAUACUUGCCUCUUGAACGACCUUUUGGUGUAGAUGUCCUUAAGAUCGCGAAAGGAGUAUCAGCAGAGGCUGAAAACCCAACCCAAAAUCGUUUGAUUAAGCAAAAGUAUUAAAUAUUUAAUAAUUAUAAUUAAUUUUUUUUCGUACUGCUUUCCUGUUUGUAGAGAUUUGAACACUACAAUUGUUUGUAUUUAUGUAUAGGAUUGUUUUUGAAUUUGGAGCAUGCGCCAAAUAUUCGAAAGAAGAGAUCUCUAAACGCGAAAAUAUAUGUAGUACUUUGCAGGCAUCAUUUAAAAUCACAACAACAACAACAAUUAAAAUGCAUCAGACAGACACAAAAUUUUUUAUCAAAUUAGCCAAAAUCCAAACCAUUCUAAUUUUAAACAAUUUUAAACUAAAUUUAAAUGAUAGAAGGGCUCUUACACAUAAGUUUCUUAUAAUUUUUGCAUUGUUUGCUAACAUUUAAAAUACUAAAAUUAAAUAUGAAUAAAACGGA